CUGCAAAGUGAUCAAAAAUCAGUUCCUAACAGUUUAAAUUCUACUAUCGAAGCCUCAGUUUCAAACUACUACAUCAUUCUGCUCGCAGUUUUCAAUCACCCCACGACCAGAGAACUACAUACAGUACUUCCACUUUUAAUAAAAUGAAUUCGUCGAAGUUCAUCUUCAUCUGUAUCAUGGUAUGGUGUUGCAAUUACACAGUAGAAGUUCAAUCAGAAAAGCAAAAAGCGUUAAUUUUCAAUCAAGAAACUUAUCAGCUCAUGGAACUAAGAGAUGAUGAUGAUUCAGCAAAAUGUACCCAUUGCAUUACCGCCUGCCCUCUUUCUACGGAAAUCAUAAGGAAGGCCGCAGUAAGUGGAUAUGGAGUACUGGUAAGAGAAGUCUAUGAGAAUGCAGAAAAUCCAACCAAAGUCAAAACAGAUAUCUGCGACAAUCCAAUAACACCAACGAUAGUCUAUAACACGUGGUUAGAAAGUUUUCAGAUGGGAUACGAGAUGUUUUAUAGAAAAGGACAAUUAACCGAAAUGCCAUGCUCUGACUACUCUUAUUUAUCAAAAGUUAUAGAUGGUGUUCCAGAUCCACAAGGUAAACACAUUAUUGAUGAUCCAAACAUGUACAGAAACAACAUAGGCCGCAGUGCAAGAUUUGAAUUUAGGGAUAACCCACAUGGAACAAUGGUUUUCUUCUGGAUACCAGUGAUCACUUUAGAGAUCAUUGAUGAGAACCGCAGAGAAGUUACCAUGAAAAAGGACAUCAUUAACGAUUACUUCCAUAAACAUCGAGUAAUAUCUCACUGUGAAAAUUAUUAUUUAAGUAUUGGUGAUCAGGUAGUGCCAUUAAAACGCAAACAGGACGAAUUCAAACAACCAGCAGACGAUAAUCGUUUAGAAAAAACUCAAAUAUUGCCCAUGCACAUGUUGCAUACGUCAUCAGGAAGACUUGCCACCUGUUUUUAUUCAAACAUUGCCUUCAUUUGGGGCAGCAUCGCGAAUGGUCAAUUGCAAGAAGUCGAUUUAUUCUUGUACGCUUUAUAUAAACUACAUCCUUCCAACAUAAAUAUAUAUUUCGGUGUAAAAGGCGAAUCAUCAGAAGAUACCAGCCACAAAUUAACAGCUUCAGAAGAACCCAUAUUUCUCAAAUACCCAACUCCCGAAUUUAUGUAUCGAAUUGUCGAAUGGAGCACUGGACCAUCAGUAGAAUAUAAAGUCAUAGUUGCAAUUCAUAAUGACCCUAAAUUUAUAGAAGAAAACGAUCGAUUAUGUUCAAAUUCAGAUCAAGUGAAAGGUUGGGAAGACAUAAAAAGCUCAGAUACCAGUACCACAGCUGGGACAAGUUACACGUGCCCUUACUCGGGAAAAAAUACUCAGACAGUUUCAAAAAUGGAACUUCGUUCAAAUUACAAAUGGGAAUCUUUCAGCGCGGAACGUUUUCCCACAAUUGACGAAUCGGAUGGACACAUAUUUUUCAAAGAUAUAAGUGGCCAAGUUCGAGAUGAAUUCAAUCGGCUUAAGAGUUUGCAGAAUCAGGUUUAGUUGACUAACACAUAUUUUAGAAUUAUUUUAGAUUAAUAAUUAUAGAUUUAAGCCUAGUCUUAUAUGUACAUAUUACAAUAUAUUACAUGCAAUGAAAAAAAUGACAUUUUAGGA